AUGGUUCAUCUUUUUACAUUUUAUUCAUAUCUUUUUCUUAUCUUUUGUUUCUACAUUUCAAUUACAAUUGCACAACAACCUGUUUUAAAGGUUGAUCCUACAGCUACAUGUACUCCCUAUAUAGGUGACCCACCAAAUAAACCAGUUUGCAAUGAUAGAUUAAUUAAUCCUGGUUCAAUUUAUUCAAAUCAAACAAACACACAAGCAAAUAAGAUUCAAGAAGUAUCAGAGAUUAACUUUUUACUUGGUGCUAUUUCAUGUGGAACUAAUCAAGUUCAAAAUGCUCUAUGUACAAAGUAUUUGGGAGAAUGUUAUGAACCAGUAAAUCAAACAUUGUCACAAAACAUUGCAUUAGAGUCUCAGUUGUGUAAAAGUGCUUGUUUGACAAUCACUGCAUCAUGUAAUAACCCAAUGGUUGCCGAUUUGGUAGAUUGUAAUGAUGCAAGUGUGUUCCCCGAAGCAUACUCUAUCUAUGAUUUAUCGCCUUUUGGAGGUGAUCCCAGCUACCAAGUUCCAUGUACCAAUUCUUUAUUAAUCGCCGGACCAAAUCAAACACAAGAGUAUUGCCCAUUCCCACUCUUUUAUGUUAAUCGUUCUGAUCCUCAAUAUGACAAAGAUAAUGGAUAUACAUUUGUAGGUAGCACCUCAUGUCUUGUUCCAUGUCCAGUCCCUAUUUAUACUAAUAGCACAUGGGAAGGACUUUACAAAAUGUCAUCUGUCAUGUCAUCUGUUUCAUUUGUUUGCAUUUCUUUUAAUAUAUUUACAUUUGGUAUUCUUGCAAGAGACCAUAACAAGUUUACGAUAUCCCUUUUAUGUUUCUCCAUUGCCAUUCUUUUAAUGAACUUUGUUGAUAUCAUCUACGCAGCAAAAGGUCACAUUAACCUAUUUUGCCCCAAUCCUGGAAGGUAUGCUCAGCAAGAUGAUAUUGGGUGUUCAUUUACGGGGUCCCUGUUCCAUUUGGGUGUAGUUGGUUCUAUAUUAUAUUGGGUGACAAUGUCGAUGCAAUUGUGGACAUCAAUCAAGAGAAUCGAUAUCAAAAUCCUUCAACCAAAGUAUUCAAUCAUUGCAGUCUCUAUCAUUCAAAUUAUCCUACUAGUCAUUCCAUUAUCACUCAAGGCAGUAAAGGCCGGAGGAGGUGCUGUGAGUUGUUGGGUCUCUGGAAAAUGGAUACAAAAUGGCGUAUAUUGGUUCCCAGUCUCUGUUGCAUUGGCUGUUGGUAUAUUCUUUGUUUUCUUGGUUAUAAAAGAAAUUUAUGUUAUUGUUAGAAAUAUUCAUCAUGAUAAAAGAUUUAUUAGAUUACAAAUUAAACCAUUCUUGUGUGUUGUAAAUGAUGACGAAUAUAAUGCCAAUGCAGUUCAUUAUUUAGAAUGUUUAUUACAGGGAGGAGACCCAAAUGAAUGUACAGUCGAUGGUCCACCAUAUUUUAGAUUCUUUUUCUUUUACUUUUUACUUAGAAUGUUUGGUAUUUUCGUAUUCCUUCUCUAUGGUCUCACAUCAAAGUCAAAACAAAUUUGGCUUGAAUCAUUUAUCUGUCAAUACCCACCAAUCAAAUCAAGAUUACAACGCAUGGGUGUCUUCCAUUCAAGUUCUGGCUAUACUACCGAUGGUGGCAAAAAACCUCCUAGUCACACAACUUAUGACCAAUCCCGAGGCAACACCGCUGCUUCAAGUGAUGUUGACUCUAUAGAAUUAAAUUCUUUCCAAAGUCCUUAA